GACUACCUCACAGGGCUAACAGGCUGCUAGUUCUACACUCAGAAGACAAGGGUGCUGGAUUGUCACAGAAGCAAGGAAGAUCUGUCUGGUUGGCCUCUUACAAUAAGACUAACCUUCCUCUUCUUUCUCUCUUACCUCCUGUCCCUCAACUCAGUUCUCAGAAAAACUCAACACAGUGUACUGUCGCCGAUGCAUCGCCUUCCCAGUCCUCAUGCGUGUGUCCCAUCCACUGCCUUCUGGCUCCAUCAUCCGUGCCAUGGCUGUGUUCAGGCACCCCAAGGAUGCAGCAGAGGUAGUGAGAUGCUGCCCACUUCAUGAGCAACUGCUAAGAGACAGAGGUGAUGUGGCCCAUCCGGAGCACCUAAUCCAGGUGGAAUGGAAUAACCGAGCCCAGUAUUUUUCUGACUCAGAGACCAAGCGAUGCAGUGUUACUGUUCCUUUUCAGGAGUCCCGUAAAAGCAGCAUUGUUUGGUACAAGUACAUGUGUUCAACAAGCUGUUUUGUUGGCAUGAACCGGCGUCCCAUUUUAACCACCAUCACCCUGGAGUCUCCACAAGGAUCGAUUAUUGGACAACGGUGCUUUGAAGUUGAAAUAUAUCGGAGAGGUAUGCCACCUAGCCCAGGAAUCUGGAGACCUAGUAUUUCUAGACUGGAAGAAAAGUUACAUCACUUGGACCUGGAAGGGUUGGAAGAAGAUUUGGAAAGGCAGGGUGCACCCACGUGUAAAGAAAAGGGGGGCUUUGAUCAUGUGGUUGCAGUUGCCAUCUUCAGUACCCCCCUCACCACCACAGAUGACCCUGGCUCCCUGUGGGAGCCACGGUUCAGCCUCCAGUUUCUGCGGAAGAAGCGCAAUGGCGAAGAACGUACGCUGCCUCCUCGGGGAUGCCCUGGAGGACUUGACGGAGGCUGA